GUUGCGGUUAUUCCAAACUGUAGCAUUUUGGCAGCAGUUGGCCAGAAAAUGGCAAGCACUCCUGGAGUUAGUGCUACACUUUUCAAUGCACUUGCAAAGGCUAGUAUCAAUGUCCGUGCAAUUGCUCAAGGUUGCUCAGAGUAUAAUAUUACUGUAGUUGUUAAACGAGAAGAUUGCAUUAGGGCCCUACGAGCUGUGCACUCGAGAUUUUAUCUGUCACGAACUACAAUAGCGAUGGGUCUGAUUGGACCCGGUUUGAUUGGUGGCACAUUGCUUGACCAGCUCAGGGAUCAGUAGAAGGGUAAAUGUGGAAAGUAUUCAAACACCUCCCAGUGAGUAUAUUCAGCAAUCAUUAACAAUCAGGUCUUUGUGACUUAACUUUGACCCUUUUAGGCAAAUUUAAUUUAGAGUACUGACCUUUUGACUUUAUCAGGAGGUGCACUUGAUGGAGUUUUAUAUUGUGACUAUUAACUGCUUUGUGGUAUCGCAUGCUCGAAGUGGAAGAACCUUGAAAUUUUCAAUGUUCCACAUCUAAUUGGAUUGUUGAACAGCUCAGGCUUGUAUGAAUUGGAACAUGGCCUUGUAUAAACUUUUUAAUGAUGCGUAGUAUAGGAAUUGUAAGCUCCUUCCUGCAUAAGUAGGGGAGAAGAGAGCCUUACAUGCUUGUCCUCCUUUGGACACAGGAAUGUAUGAACAGAAGACAUGUAGAGGUAUUCCAUAUGUUUUGACUUUCAUUCCUAUAAUUCUGUAAAAUGAUUAAUGUGCCAUGAUUCUUCGAAGCACCAGAGGCACUAACCAGAGUCAUAUACGAGUUUCAUAUGGGGCAAUCUGGCUUGAUGAACCUUUUUCAUUGAUACCUCCAGAAUCUGUUUUUAUUUCAUUAUAUAGUUCCCAGUAUGAAGCUGGAAGUAAAGUUUAUUAGUUGAUCAAUAAAAGUUGUAGACAUGUUUUAGAAUAUAAAAAGCAGUUCUUGGAAGAGUCCAAAUUUCAGAUUAAUUUCUGUGCUUCUUUCUUGUUAGGACUCCACUUUUGAGUCCCAUAACUAGUGGAGCUGAAGCUUUGUUGGAAAUUGCGAUUUCUGGACUGAUUGUGCUCGAACAUAUGGUUUCUAGUCUUUGUUCUUAUGAAAUUUGCAUCUCAAUCAGAUUUUAGAAGUUUUGCCUUUUAAUUGGGUUGUUAUAUGGAUCCAAACUUCAUUGCGACGUGUGGAUCCUGCAUCCAAAAUGACAACAGCAGGAAGAUAUAUAGAGCCAUGGGUCCUGGAAGGACAAGCAAGCAUACACAGCAAGGCCCAACUGUAGCAUUGUAUUGCUUGAGUACUGUGAACUGAUAUUGCAGGCUUAUGUCAUAUAUACCUUGAUUUUUGAAGUCAAAAACGUUUCUUUUCUACGAACAAAGCAAUAUUGUUGGUUGAAGUAGACAAUAUCUUCAAUGGGUAUGCAAAUUAGAAUCUAUUUUGUACUGACAAUGCUGCUUGACAAAUUUGUACUCCUAAAAAGAGAUGGUUAGCCUUGAAGUAUCACUUCAUCAGCUAUGAUUUUACUCUGCAUGGCUUAAUUUCUAAAUUCCAUGUAAAUUGGUAGUGCUGAUUUUGGAAAGUUUUGACCUUCUAAUUGAUAGAGAUUUUUCUCGUGAACUGGUCCUUGCAAAUGCUAUCCUACAUCUUAGUAACCGAUGCUUAACAUGAUUUAGCAAUUAUGACAGGCAGCAAUCCUGAAGGAAAAAUUUAACAUUGACUUACGUGUUA